UUGAGUUGAGUAUCCAGAAACAAUUUCACUGAGUAUGUUUGCGUCACAUAAACGCUAAUGAUAUUUUACUCGUGUCGUGUAUUUAUAUUAAUAUCAUAUUUAAUAUUACUAUUAUAAAAUAUUAGCCUAGCAUUUUUAGUUGAAUGUUUAAUAUAUAAGAACUGUUAAAACCUUGUGUUGCACUUCUAAUAAUUGCCUCUAUGAGACGACAGCACGGUCGUUUUGUCGUUUUGGAUCUGGUAAAAACCUAACAAUAAAUGUAAUGAUUCCAGCUGUGGGUUUAACCUCAUUUAAACAACAUCAAAGGGUGUUUAUAUAAACACAUGUAUUAUUUAAAUCUCAUUUACUGAAUGGAUUUGGUCAGAUGCAGCGCAGAGACUUGAAGGUUCAGAUUCUGUGCUGAUUUAACUUACAGACAAUUUCUUGUUGAACAACGUUUUAAUCUGUGAUCGUGAUCAGAUUUAUUAACUCCAUCCAGAGUCUGUGGAGGUGACCAGAUUCAUCAAACUGAUGUGACUGAAUGAUUCAUGGGUGAUUCACAAACAUUCAGAGAUGGAGAUGAUACCCCAGGAGUCAGAGCAGUCCAUCAGACGAGAUCAGACUCACCUGAUAUCAGCUGUGUAUCCAUGAGGAGUGAUAACUCUAUUGACAGAUCAAUAAGAUUUAAUUGUGUAGACGCAUCACCUGAUCCGAGGUCAGUAACAUUGUCUGGAUCAGACUCAACAGAUCAGAUCAGAGUGUCUGUGAGUGAUCAGACUAUAAAUGUUCAACAGUCCAAUGAAAGAGACUCUCAUAGUUUCAGAUCAAAUCUGAGGAAGAAGUUUGAGUGUUUGUAUGAGGUAACAUCAAAUGAGAGAAACCCAAUACUACUGAAUGACAUCUACACAGAGCUCUACAUCACAGAGAGUGAAAGUGGAGAGAUCAGUAAUGAACAUGAGGUGAGACAGAUUGAGACACAAUCCAGAAGAACAACAACAGAGGAGACACCAAUCAAAUGUAAUGACAUCUUUAAACCUUUACCUGAACAACACAAACACAUCAGAAGUGUGCUGACAAAGGGAGUCGCUGGCAUUGGAAAAACAGUCUCUGUACAGAAGUUCAUUCUGGACUGGGCUGAAGAGAAAGAGAAUCAGGAUGUCCACCUCAUAUUUCCAAUUCCUUUCAGAGAGAUCAAUCUGAUGAAGGACAAAACACUCAGUCUUUUAGAUCUUCUUCAUCUUUUCUUCCCAGAGACAAAAGAAAUGGAAAUCUUCAGUGAUGAAUAUAAAGUGUUGUUCAUCUUUGAUGGUUUGGAUGAGUGUCGUCUGUCUCUGGAUUUUCACAGCAGUGUGAGGUUGUGUGAUGUAAAUGAAUCAACCUCAGUGGACGUGAUGCUGACAAACCUCAUCAAGGGGAAUCUGUGUCCCUCUUCUCUCAUCUGGAUCACCUCCAGACCAGCAGCAGCUGAUCUCAUCCCCUCUAUGUGUGUUGAUCGAGUCACAGAGGUACGAGGCUUUAGUGAUCCACAGAAGGAGGAAUACUUCAGGAAGAGAAUCAGUGAUGAGAGACUAUCUGAUCAAAUCAUCUCACACCUGAAGUCAUCCAGGAGUCUCUACAUCAUGUGUCACAUCCCAGUGUUCUGCUGGAUUUCAGUCACUGUUCUAGAGAGAAUGUUGAGUGAAGCAGAGAGUCAAGAGAUCCCCAAGACUCUCACUCAAAUGUACACACACUUCCUGAUCAUUCAGACAAACAUCAAACAUCAGAAGGACUAUGAGAAGAAAGAUGAAGACAUGAUCUUCAAACUUGGGAAACUGGCUUUUGAGCAGCUUCUGAAAGGCAAUCUGAUCUUCUAUGAUGAAGACCUGAUAGAGUGUGGCAUUGAUGUAGCAGAAGCAUCAGUGUACUCAGGAUUGUGUACUCAGAUCUUCAGAGAGGAGUUUGGUUUGUAUCAGGGGAAAGUUUACUGCUUUGUUCAUCUGAGCAUCCAGGAACAUCUAGCAGCUCUUUAUGCUCACAUCUCCUUUAUAAAUGAAAACAGAAAUGUGUUUGAUCAAAGUAUUAAACCAGUUCGACUUUUUAACAUUUUGGAUAUGGUACAACAGAAGUCAACAAAAUCUGAGUUGCAUCAGCGAGCAGUAGAUGAAGCUUUACAAAGUAAGAAUGGACAUCUGGAUCUUUUUCUACGUUUUCUUCUGGGCCUUUCACUGGAUUCCAAUCAGAUUCUCUUACAGAAUCUUCUAACACAGAUAAGAAGAUGCUCCUACAAGAAAGUGAAAACUGUUGAGUACAUUAAACAGAAGCUCAAUGAGAAUCUGUCUACAGAGAAAUCCAUCAAUCUGAUUCACUGUUUAAAUGAACUGGGUGAUGAUUCACUGCUGCAGGAGAUUCAACAUUAUGUGAAAUCUGAAUCAAUAGGAAAGACCAAGCUCUCCUCUUCACAGUGGGCAGCUUUAGUUUUUGUGUUGUUGACAUCUGAGCAACAUUUGAAUGAACUUAAUCUAAACACAUUUAUUGGAGAUAAAAAGAAAGCAGAUGAUGUUCUAGUGAAACUACAGCCUGUAAUUAAAGAAUCCAAAAAACUACAGUUGAGUGAUUGUUCUAUCAGACAAGAAGGUUGUGUUGCUCUGACUUCAGCUCUGAGAUCAAACCCAUCACACAUGACACAUCUGAAUCUGUCUAAGGUUAAUCUAAAAGAUUCAGGAGUGAAGCUGAUCUCUGAUGUACUGAAGAAUCCUGACUGUAAACUGAUGUCACUCAGGUUGAGUUCUUGUACAAUCACAGCUGAAGGUUGUGCUGCUCUGAGAUCUGCUCUUAUAUCAAACCCAUCACACCUGAGAGAACUGGAGCUGUCUGGAAAUAAUCUUGGAGAUUCAGGAGUGAAGCUGAUCUCUGAUGUACUGAAGAUUCCUGACUGUAAUCUGAAAAAACUGAACUUGUUGAAUUGUCAUAUCAGAUAUGAAGGUUGUGUUGCUCUGACUUCAGCUCUGGGAUCAAACCCAUCACACCUGAGAGAUCUAAAUCUGUCUGAGAAUAAACUACGAGAUUUAGAAGUGAAGCUGAUCUCUGAUUUAUUGAAAAAUCCUGACUGUAAACUGAAGAAACUGGAGUUGUGUGAUUGUAAUAUCAGAGUUGAAGGUUGUGUUGAUCUGACUUCAGCUCUGAGAUUAAACCCAUUUUACCUGAGACAUCUAAAUCUGUCUGAUAAUAAUAAUCUUAAAGAUUCAGGGUUGAAGCUGAUCUCUGAUGUACUGAAGGAUUCUGACUGUAAACUAAAGAUAUUGAAGUUGAGUUCUUGUAAUAUCACAGAUGAAGGAUGUGCUGCUCUGACUUCAGCUAUGGGAUCAAACCCAUCACACCUGAGAGAACUGAAUCUGACUAAUAAUAAACUAAGAGAUUCAGGAGUGAAGCUGAUCUCUGAUGUACUGAAGAAUCCUGACUGUAAACUGAAGAUACUGAAGUUGUGUGCUUGUAAUAUCACAGCUGAAGGUGGUGAUGCUCUUUCUUCAGCUAUGAAAUCAAGCCCAUUACACCUGACACAUCUGAAUCUGUCUAAUAAUGAAUUUAGAGAUUUAGGAGUGAAUUUGCUAUGUGAUGUACUGAAGAAUCCUGACUGUAAACUGAAGAUACUGAACUUGAGUCACUGUAAUAUCCCAGGUGAAGGACGUACUGUUCUGGAAUCAGCACUGAGAUCAAACCCAUCACACCUUGCACAUCUGGACCUCAGAGGAAAUAAACUAAAUUAAUACUGUAAAGCUACUUUCUGAUGUAUAGUAUGAUAGUACAGGGUUUCCCAAACUGGAGCUCACGAUGAUAAAUGUUAUAUACUGUUCUUUAUUUCUACAUUUAUUUAUGUGAUAAAUUUAUUGUUGUGUUCUGCAUUUUCUUGCAUUUGCAUAAAUAUGUUGUAUUGUACAUAUCAGUCAAUGAUGUAGCCAACCGUUCUGAAGAUGUCGGCCAGAGAUGAGCAGAUCAAAAUUUUAAUCUGUAGUUCUCCAGUCAUACAUUUUUAUAAAAAUCUAUUGUAGUCACUUACAUUAUGUGUUAAAACAUGAAUGUUAUACCUAAUAAUGCCAAAUGAUGAUGGCCAGAGCAUAUUAAUAGUGCUUUAAGACUAGAACAUAAGAAUAAUCCCUAAUGUGCAAUAAAGAAUCUUGCACCAGUAUUAGCCACAAGAUUGCCAAUUUUGGCAUUUUGACAUUUUUGACUGUGUUUGCUCUCCCUGAUCUUGUAUAUCUUCACAACACCACAAUAAAAUGUGUGUAUGUGAAUUGUGCAGAACUGGCACAAUUGUUUUUUUAUUCAGUAAGUAUAUUUAGGUCUUUCUUUAAAUUGAUUGCCAUUUGGAUUACCAUAUUUCUACUACAAAUAACACAAUAAUUAUUUUUGUGAGAAAAUAGUACAUUUUUGUUUAGCCUUCUUUGUGUUUUUUCCUACAAAUACCAUAGUUAAAUUAUGGUUACUGUAGUAAAACCAUAUUUAUUUUAAUGGUGUACUUUAGUGGUCAAUGCCAAUAUUGAGCCGAUACACAACAUUUACUGUAGGUGUCAUAAAAAUUACAGAUGACUUAAUUUAAU